UAAUGGGCAUGAAAAUGGAAGAAGGAACUAAGAAGUAUAACGAGAUUUUGAAUGCAUUUAACAUUUUGGUUCAUCACAUGGCAGAGAAUUCAGUUUACUCCUCGGUGGGCUUAGGAUUUCUAACUCUAACGCCAGAUUACAAAAAAACACUUAAAUUUUUAAAAGAGUUAGUACGCGAUUUGAUUAAGAAAAAUCCCUCUCUCAAAGCCGAGUCAGAUGAACACGAAGACGGCAAACAAACGGUAAUUAAUUUGACGCUAAAAGCUAUGAAACAAGGAAUAUACAAUGUCAAAGAAGUGGAAAUUCAGAGUUUUUCAAUGAUUGCUGCG